AUGGAAGCUCCAAAUGCUACAUUCGCUUCCCACAGUUGGGAGUGUGGCAGUGUGGAAAAAUCAUGGCACACCGUCGUUCCCAUUCUGUACUUCCUGCUUUUCCCCCCUGCUUUUCUGAUAAACGUCAUGGUUGCUUGGAUCUGUACACACCUCAGGACCAAGUCUACUUUCAUGGUCUACCUGAAGCACUUGGUGGUGGCCGACCUCCUGAUGACGUUGACUUUUCCUGUCCGAGCUGCCAGCAUGCUUCCCAAAGCCUCGCCUGGUCUGCAGGCUUUUGCCUGCCGAUUUUCAAGCGUCUUCUUUUACCUGGCCAUGAACAUGAGCACCAUCCUGAUGGGUCUGAUCAGCCUCGACCGCUUCCUGAAGAUCGUGAUGCCAGGCAGAAGGUUCCUUUGUCAGAGCCUGCUUUUCAGUAAAGUCCUAACAGCCGUUGUUUGGAUGUCGUUGAUUGGGAGUAAUACCUUACCCAUUAUUAUCACAACAGACCAAGAUCCUACAAACAAGAGCAAUGAGUUUUGCAUGGCCAUGAAAAGUGAUGUAGGACGUUCUUGGCAUAAAGGAGUCAUCAUGUUUUCCAAAGUUAUUUUUUGGAUAGUGUGUGGAACAGUUAUGUUGUGCUACAUGUGCAUCGCUAAGAAAGUUUUGAAGUCAUAUCGUAAGUCACGCAGCAGCAACAGUCAGGGAAAACGGAAAGCCAAGGUGCGAGUUUUUCUCAUUCUUUUCGUUUUCGUCAUCUGCUACAUACCUUUCCACUUGGUCCGAAUACCUUACACCAACCUACAGGUCAUAUCCACUCACACUUGUUCCAAGGCCACACUUAAAAUUGUUAAAGACCUCACACUCUGGCUCUCAGCUACAAACGUUUGCCUGGACCCUCUGAUAUAUUUUUUCCUCUGCAAGGCUUUCAGGAAAAUGUUUCUCAGGUCCUACAGCUUCAAAAAACUUUUGCAAUCCUUCGACACACACGAAGAUGCUUCUCAAUCGGCGGAAACUUCAUUUUAA